AUGCAAAAUAUAAGUUUGGAUGAUCUUGAACCAAUCUCUAUUUUUGGGAGUUUCACACCAAUUCACAAUGCUAACGACAUAGAGGAGGGCAUGAAGUUUGAAAAUAAGGAAGUGUGUGUUAUUGCGUUGCAACAAUGGCAUAUAAAACGUAGUCUAGAUUAUUCAGUUACAAAAUCUGACAAUGUACGUUACGUCAUCAAAUGUAAAAAUUUUGCAUGCAAAUUCAAAUGCAGGGUUUCUUUGCAUAAGGGGAACUCAAAGUGGAAGAUUGGUAAGUUUGGUGGGCCUCAUACAUGCAUAACCACUUCUAUGUCACAAGACCAUAGAAAACUCAAUUCAGAAAUGAUUAGUAAGAGCAUAAUGGAGCUUGUUAAUCACAACGCUUCUCUUAAGGUGAAGGUGAUCAUCGCUCAUGUUGCAAAAAAAUACAGGUAUAUAAUAUCGUGCAAAAAGGCAUGGAUUGCAAAGUGUAAGGUAAUUGAGUCGUUGUAUGAAAAUUGGGAGACAUCUUACAACGAUCUGCCACAGUGGAUACUGGUCGAUGGAACAUGGUUGUAUGGCAAGUAUAGAGGGACUCUAUUGAUGGUUGUGGCACAGGAUGAGAACGGGAAUAUUUUUCCAAUAGCGUUCACAUUAGUUGAAGGUGAGACAAAGGAUGUUUGGAGUUUCUUUCUUAAGAAUUUGAGAAUACACGUUACUCCACAAGCAAAUUUGUGUCUUAUAUCAAACAGGCAUGAAUCAAUAAAGAGUGCAUAUAACAAUCCUAAAAAUGGAUGGCAACAUCCUCCAUCUUCACACGUCUAUUGCAUUAGACACAUUGCACAAAACUUCAUGCGUGAGAUUAAAUACAAGGAACUACGCAAAAUAGUUGUUAACAUGGGCUAUGCGUUGACAGAGGCAACGUUUAACUACUAUCACGGGGAAAUCCGAAGAACAAACAAUGUCGCUUUAUCAUGGAUAUAUAACAUUCCUUGGGAGAAGUGGGCAAGGGCAUAUGAUGGAGGGCAACGAUGGGGGUCACAUGACAAAUAA